GCUCCCACCAAAACCAGGUUCUUGCUCCUCCAAUGGCUGUGCUAACAAAGCAAGACCCUCCUCCACCACCUCCUGCUCUCGCGGACUCCAUCGAUGAGAUCACGAGAAUCUACAGAUCGCUCCCUCCACGACCCGCCAUCGAGGAAGUCGAAGCCGCUGCGUCGGUGCUCGAGACGGUGGACUCCGAAGAGAAGGCGAGGCUGGAGGAGAUCUCGAGGCAGGAGCUUCCCAAGGACGUCCCCGCAGAGGUCUGCUCCGUCCUGAAGGAAGUGAAGAGGACCAUGGUCUUGUUCCAGAGCCACGAGCAGAAGAAGGAGGCACGGCACGUGAUCGAGGUGGACGGGAUGUUUCAGAAGUUCGCCGAGCUCAUUCAGAGAGCUUCUGAGCUGGUCUCUGGAGGAGGCGGCGGCGACGACCGUAGGGAUGUGAGAUUCGAGGACCCGGUUGAGAGAAUUGUGAGAGAGGGUGAGAUUAUGGAGCAGAAUCUUGCGUGCGGCGAGGUUGAUGAUGAAACAGAGAAAGAGAGUUUGAGAAAGUUGGUGAAGAGUGCUUCCGCAAAAGCGACGAUCUCUACAGUUAAGGUAGAUUCUGAGAAAUUGAGCCUAAUGAAGGUGGCUGCCCUCAUUGAGAACUCUGCAAAAACCGGAGCUGAAGCCCUCGAUCUCAGGGGGAAGUUGAUGGAUCAAAUCGAGUGGCUUCCCAUGUCUCUUGGGAAACUAUCUGAAGUCACUGAGUUGGACAUAUCAGAAAAUCGAAUCAUGGCUCUUCCGCCCUCCAUCGGCGACCUAAGGGCCUUGAGGAAGCUAUCCAUGAGCUCCAACCAGCUCAUCAAUCUUCCUGAAUCGUUUGGCGAGCUAAUCAAUCUCCAAGAUCUUGAUCUCCAAGCCAACAGAUUGCGAUCCUUGCCCGCUUCCUUUGGAAACUUGUCUAGUCUUGUCAAUCUCGAUCUAAGCUCGAAUGAGAUGACCCGAUUGCCCAAUUCCUUUGGGAAUCUGGAAUCUUUACAGAAACUAAAUGUGGAAACCAAUGAGCUUGAGGAGCUUCCUUACACGAUUGGCUCCUGCUCGUUGCUUGUUGAGCUAAGGCUAGAUUUCAACCAGCUCAAGGCUCUUCCAGAGGCGAUCGGGAAGAUCAAAUCCUUGGAGGUUCUCACUUUGCAUUACAAUCGAAUCAAAGGGUUGCCUACAACUAUCAGCAAUCUUUCCAACUUAAGGGAACUGGACGUCAGCUUCAACGAACUUGAGUUCGUGCCCGAUACCUUGUCCUUUGUCAUGAGCCUUGAGAAGUUAAAAGUCGGGAACAACUUUGCUGAUCUGAGAUCCCUACCGAGAUCAAUAGGAAAUCUUGAGAUGCUCGAAGAACUUGACAUAAGCAACAAUCAGAUAAGAGAACUGCCGGAUUCUUUCAGGUUCUUGUCAAGGCUGAGAGUUCUAAGAGCCGACCAGACACCCCUUGAAUUGCCUCCGAGAGAAGUAGCCAGACUUGGUGCUCAGGCGGUCGUGCAAUACAUGGCAGAUCACGUGGCUAAGAGAGAUUCCAAGUCCGAACCAAUAAAGAAGAAAAGAAGGUGGUUCUGGUUCCGGUUCUGGUUCUGCUCAAGCGCUUAGCCUAGUGUAACUUCCACAGAGAAGGACCUGGCCUGAGCCUUAACUGUUUCGCAAUCUGUCCCAUGUGUAUAUCGGAAUGCGUAUAUCAUCCUUAUUUCUAUGUCUAUUUAUUCAAGCAUUCUGUUCUGUGUAAAUCUUUGGCCGACAUCAGUGUGUGAUAUCGAAAUUCUGUACAUAUUACAGUUCAAUGCGCAACUUAUGCCCAUGAACAUAGACUAUGCUUGGUGCUGAUCUUCUCAUGCAUCUGGACUUGUGGAAAAGGAAGAAUUUUCUUCUCGAGUAAAGUCAAUCUUAACGGCUUGAUGUUGA